AUGACGGUUUUUGCAUUAGCCCCCACCACACCCCCUGAGGUGCGGACGACCCCCAGCCCUGCCGGCGGGGAAGGCGCCCUGCCCGCCAGCCGAGUCAGGGGCCCCCAGGUCGGCUGGGAGACCCCCCGAGGGCGUGACGUUUUGGGGCCCUGGACCUCCGUCCAAAACAGGCCAGAGAGGCCCCCGGUCACCCCCACGGCGGCUAGAGGAGGACAACCAGCCGUCCAAAACAGGCCGGAGAGGCCCCCGGUCACCCCCACGGCAGCUAGAGGAGGACAGCCGGAACCGGGGCUCAACGAGACCGAGGGGACCCCCGUUCCUCUCCGUACCCCCGUUCCCCGAGAAGGGGGUCCCCAGAACCCCAGAGAUGCCACCGAGGAUGACCCCGGAGACCCCUCUGGAAGCCAGAACAGCGUCUUCUACGAUGCCUACCCCGUCGCCAGGGAGCGUCCGGGACCCCGAAGUGACCCCCAAAGGCAUGGCUACGGGACCAACUACUUCCAUCAUGGUCUGCCCGACUUGAUCCCCGAUCCGUAUUUCAUUCAAUCGUCCACUUACCUCCAGCGGGUCCAGCUCUACGCUUUGCAGUGCGCGGCCGAAGAGAACUGCCUUGCCAGGUCCGCCUAUGAGCCGGGGGUCAGCCCGAUCAGCUACCGGGUCCUGCUCCGCUUCCCACAGAGGGUCAAGAACCAAGGAACAUCCGACUUCCUCCCAGUGAAGCCCCAGCGAGACUGGGAAUGGCACAGCUGCCACCAGCAUUAUCAUAGCAUGGACGCCUUCAGCAACUAUGAUCUGCUGAAUGCCACCAACCACGAAAAAGUGGCCGAGGGUCACAAGGCCAGCUUCUGCCUCGAGGACACGAACUGCGACCCAGGUGUUCGUCGGCGAUACGCCUGCACCGCACACACCCAGGGUCUGGGUCCCGGCUGUUAUGACACCUACCACGCCAACAUCGAUUGCCAGUGGAUCGACAUCACCGACGUGGCCCCGGGGAAUUACAUUCUCAAGGUGACGGUCAAUCCGGACUUCCUGGUGCCCGAGUCGGACUUCACAAACAAUAUCGUCCGGUGUGAUGUGACCUACACAGGCUCCCAUGUCAACACCCACAACUGCAAGAUAACAAGCUUCUGAGGAGCGUCCAGACCUGGCCCGAGGCAAGCUUCCUCCUUCCUCUAUAGGGCUGCUUUGGUUUCCGGACAACAGCGUCUCCCCUGAAAAUCUGGGGGGCACCAGAUCUGAGGGGCAGCCAUUGGGAGAGACGAGGAGCCCCGCGUUCAAAUCUGCUCGGGCCAAGAUCCUCUGGAUCCGGCGGUUCCUUAGGGGAGGUGCCUCACGUGGGGGUGUGUGUGUGCUCCACCGGUGUGGAUCCAGCCCCUCUCUCCAACUCUGGACUUCCUCAGCCCCAUCGGGACAGGUGGAAAAAUACAUUUCUUUUGCAAAACUCUGGGAAUCGGGAAGGAAAUCCCCAUCAGAUUUGGGAUGCCAGAAUCAAACAAGCCCAAAAACAAUCCCUAAGAGAUAAAAAAAAAUAACCAGCAGCUGCCACACCUAUGAUUCUCACCCAGAACAUCUGGGCACUUUUCCCUCUCGUUUUCACCUGUCAGUUGCAGUCCCUUUACCCCCC